AUGAUUGCGCCGGCUGAACCCCUCCAAAAUGGCCAAAAUGGCACCUCUCAUGAGGCCCAACGUGCACCACGCAAUCCCUACGCCCCCGUGGACGACUUCCUCUCGAAUGUCAAUCGGUUUAAGAUUAUCGAGUCCACCCUGAGAGAAGGAGAGCAGUUUGCAAAUGCUUUCUUCGACACCGAAACCAAGAUCAAGAUUGCGCGUGCUCUAGAUGAUUUUGGCGUCGACUACAUCGAGCUCACAAGCCCUGCUGCCUCGGAGCAGUCAAGAUUAGACUGCGAGAAAAUCUGCUCUCUUGGUCUGCGCGCCAAAAUCUUGACGCAUGUGCGAUGCCACAUGGACGAUGCCCGGAUGGCUUGUGCAAUCCCCGGGCUGAGCGGUCUCGAUAUCGUCAUCGGAACCUCAUCGCAACUCCAGCAACACUCGCACGGAAAAGAUAUGGACUACAUUCGAAGAUCUGCUGUCGAAGUGAUUGAAUAUGUCAAGAGCCAGGGACUAGAAGUGCGCUUCUCGUCCGAAGACUCAUUCAGGAGUAAUCUUGUUGAUCUCCUUACCAUCUAUAGCCAAGUCGACAAGAUUGGCGUAAACAGAGUCGGUAUUGCGGACACGGUCGGCUGUGCCUCGCCUAGACAGGUUUAUGAUCUCGUGCGCACACUUCGUGGUGUGGUCUCAUGUGAUAUUGAAUGCCAUUUCCACGACGACACUGGUUGCGCAACUGCAAAUGCAUUCUGUGCUCUGGAGGCUGGCGCCACGCACGUUGACACUUCCGUCCUCGGCAUCGGCGAGCGGAACGGUAUCACUCCCCUUGGCGGUCUUAUGGCACGGAUGAUCGUCGCCGACCGAGACUAUGUCAAGAGCAAGUACCGGCUCGAAAAGCUCAAGGACAUUGAGAAUCUUGUUGCUUCGGCUGUCGAGAUCAACGUUCCUUUCAACAACCCGAUCACCGGCUUCUGUGCAUUCACGCACAAGGCAGGCAUUCAUGCCAAAGCGAUCCUCAACAAUCCUUCUACCUACGAGAUUUUGAACCCGUCCGAUUUCGGUCUGUCUCGCUACGUACAUUUUGCCAGCCGUCUCACCGGCUGGAAUGCAAUCAAGAGUCGCUGCGAACAGCUUGGGCUCCAUAUGACUGACGCAGAAUACAAGCAAUGUACUGCAAAGGUCAAGGCAUUGGCUGAUAUACGACGAUUGACGCUCGACGACACCGACGCCAUUAUUCGGAAUUUCCACAAGAGCAUUGGUUCGAACGACGAUGUACCUUUGGUUGAUGGCUUGACUGAAGGUGAGAAGCGGACGCUUGAAGCCGAUAUGCCAGCGGAGGCUACGUCCAUCGUCUAG